AUGGUUGAAGUAGCAAAACGGAAUUGUCGAAAUCCUGCGAAUGAAUUAACACAAGAUGGGUCAGAUGCAAUCCAUUUAUAUACAAUGCAAUGGUCGCCAUCUGAUCAAAGUCUAUAUUAUAUUCUAAAUAAAAAUCUCCGAUCAAAACAUCGCAGUACAUUAAAGUCGUGGUUUUCAUUUUUAAAGUUAUUUUUUACCGCAUUGUAUAAGCUACCAUCAAUUAAAGGUGUGAUUUAUCGCGGCGUUAAAGGAAAUUUAACUGAUAAAUAUGUUGAAGAAGAUCACUUUUGA